CGCUACUUACGUUAAAUAGUAGCUUCCCUCAAGCUGUUUUCACGAUGCAUUGCUGCAGCUAAAGAUGACGGUUUGCUUCUGACACAGCAGCGACUUGCUGUCUUUAUAAACCGCUCCAUUUUUUUCAGAUUCCUCCACAAGGCGUCACCAGUUUUACUCACUUUAGCCACUAGCUAGCACUAACACAAGCACGUUAAACGCGUUUACAACCUUUGAUGGUAACGUGGGUAAUAGCAACAAAACUGUGUUUAAUUAACGGCUUCGCAUGCUGCAGAGCUGAUAACGAAUAAUAAAAUAUGUCCCAGAGGGUGCAUACCGUUUCUGUCUGCAAAUUGGUUCCCUUAACCGCUCAGCGCUGGCACCCGCAACUCUUUGACUAGAAAAGAUAACACCCUGCCGCCGGAUUGUGUCGGUUUCCAGGCCGAAUCAAAAUGUUUUUUUUUUUCAAUUAUUAGCAAAUAAUUAAUAUGGAAAAUUCGUGAAAUUAACCAAAUGUAGAGUAUAGUGUUAAUAAAAGUUAAUCAUAUACACUUAAACCAAACGUUCUAAAAGAAUUUUGACAAUACCGGAAGCUGCUGGCAGGGAAAUAUCUUGUUUUGCUGGUCUCAAUACGCUUCACUUUCUGUUAGCAUACAAAACACACACCAAAACAGCGCUUUAAACAUCGGUUUGGGAAUAGUUUAACGCUUUGUUGUAACGCUAUCUCCACUUUUAUCUUAAUUUGUUAAGUUCGUUAUUCGUUGUAGACCCCAAACACCACUCGAAGUGCCUACGUUACUUCACAGACAUGCAUAUACAAAGAGUCGUUCUCAACUCACGACCAGGUAAAAACGGCGAACCAACUCCUGAACAUUUCCGCCUGGAAGAGACAAGUUUGGUGUCUGACUUGAAUGAUGGGGAAGUUAUUGUUCGGACGCUUUACCUCUCAGUCGACCCUUACAUGAGAUGCAGACUGAAUGAAGACAGCGGCUCUGACUACCUAGCUCCAUGGCAGCUGUCUGAAUGUUUGGACGGAGGAGGCAUUGGCGUGGUGGAAACCAGCCACUGCAGCACCUGCAGUGAGGGAGAUGUGGUCACUUCAUUCAACUGGCCUUGGCAAACCCAUGCAAUAAUGAAAGGAAGUGGCUUGCAGAAGGUUGACCUACAGUUGACUGAUGGGCAUUUGUCCUACUUUCUGGGUGCUGUUGGUAUGCCAGGUCUCACUGCACUGUUGGGAGUCAGGGAGAAGGGGCAUGUGACCAAAGGAGCCAAUCAGACGAUGGUAGUAAGUGGUGCAGCUGGUGCAUGCGGCUCCUUAGCAGGACAGAUUGGCAGACUAGAUGGCUGUGUAAGGGUGGUCGGGAUCUGCGGUUCCGACGAGAAGUGCAAAGUUUUAGUUGAAGACCUGAGCUUCAGUGCAGCCAUCAACUAUCGCAAAGAAGAUGUCUCAGCACAGCUGAAGAAGAGCUGUCCUGAUGGCAUAGAUGUUUACUUUGACAAUGUGGGAGGUGCAAUAAGUGACACUGUUCUGGCACAGAUGAACAAAGGCAGCCAUGUUAUCCUAUGUGGGCAGAUCUCACAGUACAACAAGGAUGUACCAUACCCUCCGCCCCUCAGUGAGAAGACACAAGAAAUCCUGCAGAGUCAGAACAUCACUCGGGAGAGAUUUCUGGUGCUUGACUACAUGAAUAAGUCAGAAGCUGCUCUCUUUGAGCUCAGUCAGAUGAUCAAAUCAUCUCAGAUCAAGGUGCUAGAAACUGUGGUGAAUGGGAUAGAAAACAUGGGAGUUGCAUUUUGCUCUAUGAUGAAAGGCAGCAACAUUGGCAAGCAAAUCGUCAAAAUUUCAGAAUGAAGAAAAUCAGUCGCUUUCCACAAGAGCUGCACCUGCUAAUUGGCUAAAUUAUCCCCCAAGUGUCCUUUUCUGCUGCUGUUAUAAUGAACUCUUGUAAUAAUUUGAUUAACUGAAGUCAAGAUGUUAGGAAGUGAACUAGAAAUGGAAAGCAGCAAUGAGCAAGGUAAAGCCAGAUGCAUGCAGGUUUUAGUUUAAAAUGUGUUUUGGCAGCAAAGCUGGUUGGUCAUUUUUAGAUUUAAGAGACAACAUUAAUGAAUUAAUAGUUUUUGUAGAGAUUUAAGGUGAAUUACAGUGGAUAUGGAAAGCAUUCAGACUCCCAUCAAUUUUUCACUCACUUUAUAUUGCAGCCAUUUGCUAAAAAUCAAUUAAAUUUUCCCUCAUUAAUGUACACACCGAAUUUUAGAAAUGUACACAGAUUUAUUAAAGACAAACUGAAGUAUCACAUGGUCUUAAGUAUUCAGACCCUUUGCUCAGUAUUUAGUAGAAGCACCCUUUUGAGCUGAUACAGCCAGGAGUCUUCUUAGUAAAGAUGCAACAAGUUUCUAACACCUGGAUGUGGGGAUCCUCUGCCAUUCCUCCUGUUCUGUCAGGUUGGAUGGUGAACGUUGGUGGACAGCCAUCUUUAGAUCUCUCUAGAGAUGCUCAAUUGGGUUUAAGUCAGGGUGCUGGCUGGGCCAUUCAAAAACAGUCAGUUGCUGUGAAACUACUCCUUCAUUUUAGCGGUGUGCUUAGGGUCAUUGUCAUGUUGGAAGGUAAACGUUUGGCCCAGCCUGAGGUCCUGAGC